AUGGCAAAGACGGCAUUGACGCGGGACGAGGCGUUGCUGCAACUAAGGAAGCACAAGCCGGAACUGGUGGAAAAGUUCGGACUGAGUUCCCUUGCUUUGUUUGGGGCAGUUGUGCGUGAUGAGGCAGAGGAGGAUAGCUCAAUUGAUAUUCUGGUUGGUUUUGAAGGCGAAGUGGAUUGGAAACGGUACUUUGGUGUGCAGUUCUAUAUCGAAGACAUGAUGGGACACCAAGUUGUGCUUGUUACAGAGCAGGCGCUGCGAAAGGAACUGCGCCCCUAUAUAGAUGCCGAGUCUGUAUAUGUUUGACCCGAAUUCAGCCGCACGUCCCUGGAGGCUGUACAUUCAAGACAUGAUUGAAUUCUGUUCAAGGGUCAUGGAUUACAGCGCGGGCCUUGAUCGAAAUACCU